AGGCUCUUUGCGACAGACCGGAAGUGGCGGCCGAAGCUUCCGGCCAGCUCACUCUCGUCGUUUGUGCCGAGGGGGGCGGGGUGCAGAGCGGUGUGUGUCAGGGCUUUCGGGGCAAGAUGGUGCUCCUCACGAUGAUCGCGAGAGUCGCCGACGGGCUGCCCUUGGCGGCCUCCAUGCAGGAGGACGAGCAGUCUGGCCGAGACCUGCAGCAGUACCAGAGCCAAGCGAAACAGCUGUUCCGGAAGCUCAAUGAACAGUCUCCAACCAGGUGUACCUUAGAAGCGGGAGCCAUGACUUUCCAUUACAUUAUUGAGAAAGGAGUAUGUUAUCUGGUAUUGUGUGAAGCUGCCUUCCCCAAAAAGCUAGCGUUUGCGUAUCUGGAAGACUUACACUCAGAAUUUGAUGAACAGCAUGGAAAGAAAGUGCCAACGGUGUCCAGGCCUUAUUCUUUCAUUGAGUUUGAUACUUACAUCCAGAAAACCAAGAAACUCUAUAUUGAUAGUCGUGCAAGAAGGAACCUUGGCUCCAUCAACACAGAGUUGCAGGAUGUACAGAGAAUCAUGGUAGCAAACAUUGAAGAAGUUUUACAACGAGGUGAAGCACUUUCAGCAUUGGAUUCCAAAGCGAACAACCUUUCCAGUUUGUCCAAGAAGUACCGCCAGGAUGCAAAGUAUCUGAACAUGCGUUCCACCUAUGCCAAGCUUGCUGCUGUUGCUGUGUUUUUUAUCAUGCUGAUUGUCUAUGUUCGGUUCUGGUGGCUGUGAGUGGCUUCCAAGAACCAAAGAUGGUCAACUAGUUAAUAAGCAGGCAUAGAGUUGUACGAUGCCAAGAUUACAGGGAUGUACAUUAGACCCUCCCCCCAUAGGGAUAUGUGUAUGAGAAUUGCUGCUAAUCUCAGUGAAUCUUAACUGCCAAAUGUCAGACCUUAUUAGCAACGAAGGACUUCCCUUUCCAAGUGUUGCACACUUCAAAGACAUGACAUUUGUCCGUCCCACCAGCAGCACUGAUGUUGUGGUCUGCACUGGCUGUUCACCCAGUUUACUGCUGCCCAGCACUGCCGGUAGUAGACAUCCUGUCCCUGUAAAUAAGCCCAGCCCUGUUUAGUAAAGGGACUCUAAUGAACAUUCCUUGUACUAGUGACCUUUUCUUAACGACAAGUCUGGGUCUCGCUACUUGAAAUCCCAGUUUAAAGGCUGACACUUUAUGAUACACAUGAGGGUGGGGGUUUUAGUUUGUCAGGUUGGUGCCGAUUUUAUAUGGUGAGACAUCUUGAUUAUUUACACCUUCAGAUGUGUUGGUGUGCAAUGGCUAGCAAGGCAAUGGUUGUGCUUCAUGGAUGUAGUCCAGCGCAUAUAGAGAGAGGGUGCUAGGAUAAUGAAAGCUGCAUUAUACCAUUAAUUUUGUAAGUUAGAUACUUCGCUUCAGAUCUCAUUCAAUGCCAAGUGAAAUGUUGAAAUACUUGUCAUAGAAUUAAAUUACCAGUACAUAAUUCAAUUGCAUUUUGGAAAAAUCUAUGUUUUUAAAACCUCUGUUGGGUGUAACACCAAACUCAUUGAAGAUUACCUCUAAGCAGGCAUGGGGAAACUUCAGCCCUCCAGGUGUUUUGGACUUUAACUGUGGGAAGGGCCAAGGUUUCCCCAUGCCUGCCUUUGAGCAUUGUGCUAAACUCUAAGUCUUGUGAGUGAACCAUUGUCAGCCUUGGCCUCAUAUACUUCCCCUCUCACCACUUCUACUCUUCUGCCAGGAAAAGGAAUCCGGAACCUUUUUCUUCCACCUUUAUUUAGCCACGGUUUAUCAUGUCAUCUGGAGUAAUAAACCGUACUUGCUCUGAACUGUUAUUAUUUUUAAGUAGUCUAACAUUGGAUUAUAGCUGAUGCAAACUGGACUUUUCGAGGAAGGAGUAAGCAAUUGACGGGGGCUACUCUCUUGUCACCCCCUCCAGGCAACUUUGAGAGACUGUGUCCCUUUAUAAUAUCUACACCGAAUUUAAUGCACCAAAUAGCUCCCCUACGCCUGUUUGCAGCUAGGUGCAUUUUGGGUGAAAUGUUUUACAUUUUUCCCCAAAACAUGGGUCCUGAGAGGCCUAUGGAUCGUGCCCCUACGCCCAGGUCAAAUGAACCAUGGUUUAGAUUAACCACAGUUUGCUCAUCUGAAUAAUGAAGCAAGAUAUGCUUAAGCAUGCUUGUGGAAAAACCUCUCUUAUCAUAUCUUACAGGGAGUUGGUAAGCAUCCCUUGUCUCACCCAAAAAUAUUUGUGUUGUCUUUUACUUCCUGCAACUUAUAUGACAAUGUACUUUACUUACAGAAAGAUUUGAAGAGCAGGCCUCUCCCUCAACAGUUGGGUCUUUCAAAAAAAUUGAGCACAUUUUCAUCCUCUUUUACAAAUCUUGGACUUUUUUUUUGCUUCUUUAUAACAAGUUAAAUUAAAUAUUUUGGAAGAGAAACCACUGGAAGCCAAAACUGUAGUACCCAUCCCUCUGGCAAAUUCUGCACAGAUUCAGAAAGUUCCCAAAACACAUGCCUUUGCACGUGUUGUAAGGAGGGGAAUCAUGAAAUGUUUCCUCAUUAAUUUUUAGAAGGCAGUCUGCCUGAACUAGACUGCUAUUCGAGGGCUCUUGUGGCAGUAAAUCUGUCCCUGACUUCUGCAUGCUGCUGACAACUUGCUUCUAAAGUCUUACUGUGUCCCAGUUGAGUAUUUGACUAAUAGAGAUCUGCGAGAGCCUUAAAAGGGAAACAAUAAUUGCUUGCUCUUGACAAGGCCAAAUAAAUUCUCCGCACUGAUUGGUAUUCUUUUGAGCUAGUUGUCUUUCCUACCCAAGUGUCGGCAGUGAAAUAAACAUGUUAUAAGUGAA